AGUGCUGCGCAGUAUGCGCCGCAGGAGACGUUUUGCGUCAUGCCGUCAGCAGGAGACGUUUGCUGCGGCGCCACGUGCAGGAAACACAGUCAACAAUAUGGAGCGGCGUGUUUUCAAACUGUAAAACAAACAUUUUAUUGAGUUAUUCGGUCAUAUUCCUUAAGAUGGAAACGGGAGCUAAAUUAAUUGUCAGAGCUAAAACUCCGAAACCAAAGGUGGCAGUAAUUCAUCGAAAAGACGGAUGUCAACCAACAAGAAGGAGAGGACCGUAGUAAAUAUUGCUUAAUGCACAGAUAGACUAUUUAUACCUGCUGUUUAAUGUACACACAGGGCCUUGAAGGUGACUUAUGAAGUGUACAUGUGGGACAGCUGAAGACGAUAUGCAGCGAGAAGUAAAAACGGCAACAACACCAGUGUAAGAAAAGUGAUACAGAGCAGUCAUGUGGAGAACAUCACUGAGUUCAGGAUUCAGAUGUUUUGGAUUCAGGAGAUUUGAAAGAAAGGUAAGAUUUAUUUCAUGAGCUUUGGAGUUGCACGGUAACACUAAAUGGACUAUUAAGAAAUCUCGGACCCUCAUUGGUUUCUCUGUAACACGAAUCCACUUUUGUUUUACAAUAUGCAGACUACAGUGGAACAACGUACAAUGGAAUCUACCGAAAAAAAAAAAAGAACAGAAACAGAAGCCUGCUGCAAUUAAAAAAAUAAAAGGUGCAUAUAAAAAAAAGGCCACAGCGGAAGUUAACAAUGCAAAAAAAGUGGAAAUGAAAAACAAAAAAAGUUACUUACUGCGAAAAUAAAAGGAUGCAAAUAAAAAAAGCCACAACGGAACUGAGCUGCCAGGGACCAAUAAUGAUGAUGCACCUGUGUUUUACGAACUAGGCACAGAAGACAAUGGCGAGAAGACGAGCAAAGAAGUUAGUGGAAGUAAGCCAUGUAGGGCCUGAGUCGAUAUGAAGUUGAUCUGGAGGAUGCCGGUGUAGUGUUAGCUUCAGUUUAACUCAGUAUCGACUCAGGCGCAACAUGGUCUAACCAAGUGACACAUUGAAAAGCACACAAAGCGAAAUUAAACAAUAAGCUUUCCACUAACCUCUUUGCUCGUCUUCUUGCUGUCGUCUUCUGUGCCAAGAUCAUAAAACACCAUCGAUCAUCCUCAAUGGUCCCUGGCAUCUCACUGCAAUUGUGGCUUUUUUAUUCACAUCCUUUUAUUUUUGCAGUGAGAACCUUUCUUUUACCAUCUCCACUUUUUUUUGCAUAGUCAACUUCCAUUGUGGCCGUUUUUUUUUUUUUUAUCUGCACCAUUUCUUUUUUUAUUUGCAGCGGGCUUCGGUUUCUUUUUUUGCAUCAGUAACCUUCGUUGUGACUUCUUUUUUUUUUUUUUUGCAUUCUUCUUUUAUUUGCAGCAGUGGCGGUUCUUGGCCACCGUACUAACUUGGCAUUUUUGUUUUUCAAAGUUUUGUACUGAAAAACUAAGAUUUUAAUUUGAAACUGAGGGUUUGAUUUGAGGGUGCCACCAAUGACACACCUCACAGACCUCAAUUACAGUUUAUUUUUAUUUCAGAAUAUGUACUAUUUCUUCAUAAAAUACAAUUUAACAUUCUUAUUAUUUAAACUUAAAACAAAAAAAUAGUAAACCGAUAACUAAUGACUUUCCUUAAGCAGGCAAACUGAGAGCUGAUGAAUCAUUAGACAUUCAUCUUGAGUGUAAUCAGUCAUUGGUGUCUGAGGAUUUAGUCAAAGUUAUAAAACAGUUUCAAAUUUGCUCCUCAGCUUCUCCAAGAUGAUGGAGAUUACCUCUGAGGGAAAAUCUCUGAGGGCUUCAAAAACUGCACAGUGAUAAUUUUGUGUUACGUUUUAAUUAUAACUUAAUUAAUGAAAAUGCAUCCAGGGAAUUGCAGUCUCCCAUGUAGUACGAAGAUGCAGCACUCCAGCCUUACCUACGAGCAGGAUCACUGCACUGCAGGCAGCAGAUGUAUGGAAGAAACACUUUGAAGAAAUGGCUGUGACAGAGCCUGACCUCUCCAGUUAUUACAUCACUGCUUAUCUGCUUGGAGCUAAAACUGUGAGUUGAAAUCUACUGUGUGUAUUCCUCAUUGCAUGACAUGAUGUCUGAAUACGCUACAUCACAUUAACUAUCUGUUCCUCUUUCGUGGCCUAUUUUUAUCCAGAUUGAAAGUGUAGAACAGGGGAAGUUAACAGAGUUUCUCAGCCAAGAAAAAACUGAGCAGAUGUGGAAGCUCUGCACCAGACGCCUGUCUGGGUAUUACAUUUCCUCAUAUUAACACAUGCUCACAUGGUGCUUUCUUACCAAAUAUUCAUCAAGGAUUGUGUUUGUUGCAGAAUGCCUGUGCAGUAUAUAAUCGAGGAGUGGGACUUCAGAGAUUUGACACUGAAAAUGAGACCUCCUGUGUUCAUACCAAGACCCGAAACUGAGGUUGAAGAAAAUCAGACAUCAUAUUCAGUUUACAGACAAAUUCCAAGAGCCAGUCUUGUGUAAUCAGAUCACUGUGUCUGUGUUGUUGCAGGAGUUGGUUGAACUUGUGCUCGCUGACUUGGAGAAGAAGUCAGGGAGUGGAGCCUCUUGCAAUGCCCAGCUAACAUGCUUGGAAGUGGGAUGUGGUUCUGGUGCCAUUUCUCUUAGUCUACUUAAGAGUCUACCGCAGGUGAGGGUUUAGAUUAUUCUAUGUUUCAGUCUCAGGCUAAAAUACACAAGUUAACAAGCAAAGGAUGUAUCACCAUUACGUUGUCAUCGGAGGGAAGCCCAGAUGGCCCGGCCACUUCCACCAGCUCCUCCGGGGGAUUCCCAGGCCAGGAGAGAUAUAAUCCCUCCACCUGGUCCUGGGCCGGCCAUGAGGUCUCCUCCCGGUAGGACAUGUCUGGAACACCUCUAACAGGAGGCGUCCAGAAGGCAUCCUAACCAGAUUCCCGAGCCACCUCAGCUGACUCCUCUCGACGUGGAGGAGCAGCGGUUCUACUCUAAGCGCCUCCCGAGUGCCUGAGCUCCUUACUGUAUCUCUGUAUCCCGGCCACCCUGCGAAGGAAACCCAUUUCGGCUGCCUGUAUCCGCGAUCUUGUUCUUUCGGUCAUUACCCAAGGUUCAUGACCACAGGUGAGGGUCGGCACGUAGAUCGACCGGUAAAUUGAGAGUCUCGCCUUACGGCUCAGCUCUUUCUUCACCACGACAGAUCGAUUAAGCGUCUGCAUCACUGCUGACAUAGCUCCGAUCUGCCUGUCGAUCUCCUGCUCCAUCCUACCCUCACUCAUGAACAAGAUCCCGAGAUACUUGAACUCCUCCACUUGAGGCAGGACUUGGAGAAGGCAAACCUUUUUCCGACUGAGGACCAUGGCCUCAGACUUGGAGGUGCUGAUUCGCAUCCCAGCCGCUUCACACUCGGCCGCGAACCGCCCCAGCAAGAGCUGAAGGUCACUGCUCGACGAAGCUAGAAGAACCACAUCAUCCGCAAAGUAUCACCAUUACAUGUGGCUGAUAUCCUUAAAUCUAGACCUGCUUACUUUGAUGGAUCACCGACUUCCCACAAAGCACCAGCAGUUGACGUUUACAGUGAGAUACAGUAUAUUGGGACCAAAUUUUGGAUGGACAUUCAUUGUCCUCAGGUGAUUCACAAUGCCUACCAUAAUGUUGACUUUUUUGGGCAACCUUUGUAAUAAUUUUAGUGCAACGACAUUGGUCCCCUCCCCCACAACAUCAUUGGUAAUCACCUAAAAUUUCUUUUGGCAACCCAAAAUUAUCCUGACAUAUCAGAUUUAUUUUUCCAUUUCCAUCAGGAAAGCAGGAAAUGAUAAAUGUUAGGAGUUGUCUGCAUUUAAAUCAGUUACAGGCUUCUACACAGCAUGACAACAAGACAGAAAUUCCCACCGUGAGUGUGAUGGUAGGGAAAAAUGUGCAUCAUGUGAAUGUGGUGAUUUGUCAUAUUCAAGUGAAUUACUAACAGCAGUUUGAAAUGCUGUUUGUCUUCCUUCCUCCAGCUGAAAGCCAUCGCUGUGGACCAAAGCCGAGAUGCUGUAAAUUUAACACAACAAAAUGCAUCAAGGUAAUUUUAGAAGUUUUUUUUUUUUUGUACUUUUAGUUAUUCACUGAUUUUACUGGUGGCAUCAACUAGAGGAUAAAGUCUGAAGAUUAACAGAUGAUAAAGAGGCUGCCAGUCAGAUCUCCCCUGGAGAGUAGAUUAGCAGCCUUCCCUCCUGAUUAUCAUGUUUUAAAUCUCAGUUUAAAACCACAUUUUUAAAGAUAGGCUUUUGCAGGAGAUGUUAUCUGAGCACGUUUUAAUCCUUAAGACUCUGCUUUUAUUCCAAACUGAUGUGGUUUAACAGGCAGGAUCUUCUAUCUAUGUCAUUUUUAUCCCUCUGACAUUGUUUUAUUUCUUUUUAUCUAUUCUCCUCUCCCAUCCUUUUUUUUACAAUCUUCUGUUUUUCUCUGUUUGUCCUUUUUCUUAUCAUUUGUAACUCUGUUUUGAAAGGUGCGCUAAAGAUAAAGUCGUUCAUAAUGAUUACCAUAUUGCUAUAAUAAAAACAUUCUUCUGUACAGGUUGGGACUUCAGGACAGAUUACAGGUUCAUCAUUUAGAUGUAAUAAAAGGUAAGUGUCAUGCAGUGUUGUUCUUACUUAAUAACACACAUAAAAUCACUGUUGAUAUGCGAAUUGUUCAAACUUGUGUGAUGCAUUUCAGAUACCAAAGCUGUGUUGAACCUCUGUGAACCAGUUUCGUUUUUGGUCAGUAACCCUCCAUACCUGUUCUCAGAGGAUUUGACUUCACUGCAACCUGAAAUACACAGGUGAGUCAAAUUCACUGUCACUUUUUAAAACUAGGAUUUCUAUUUCUAUUUGACGUAUAAACCAGAGACAUACAAAUAAAUUAAAUCAUGAAAAAAGGUCAAACAAAAACAAAACUCAUGUCUUUACAUUUUUAAUGCAGUUCUUGGUUUUAUUAUGUAACUGUUUUAUUUUUCUUUGAGAGAGAGAAAAAAGUAGAGCACAUCCCCGAGCAGGGAUCGCUGGUGUAUUCAAUUUUUUUUAUCACUGACGUGAGCCAAAUGCGUCAUUGGUUUAAAUAUUUGAUGGAUAAUGGGUAACAAAAUGAAAAAUUACAUAAUAGGCACUUAUUCAAUAUUACAGUUGAGGGAUUCAUUAAGAGUUCUUGCACAUUCACUGAAAUGUGGAUUCAAAAUGUUGAAAGACAGUUUGGCCCUGAAAUUUAAACUGUAACUGUUUGGAAAGGAGAUUUAAAUCCAAGAACUGUGAAAAUUUAUCGUAAAAAAAAUAUGUUUGCUCUAUUCUAUUCUAUUCUAUUCUAUUCUAUUCUUUUAUAUUUUACUAUAUUCUAACCUUUUCUGUUCUAUCUCUUCUGUUUAAUUCUGUUCAAUUCCGUUCUGUUUUAUUCCAAUUCACUCUAUUUGUUCUGUUCUGUUCUAUUCUAAUUUACUCUGUUAUUUCUGUUCUAUUCUGUUUUAUUCUAGUCUAUUGUGUUACAAUGCCGUUUAGCAGAGGCUUUUAUCCAAAGCCACAAACAUUUCAGAGCAAGAACAAUAGAAGCAAAUAUCUAGACAUGAAGAAACAAGAUCAGUUAGUGCCACAAAGUGCUUCAAGUCCAUUGGGCGCAGGUUCUACCUAGCAGCGUGAAAGGCAAUACACAAAGUGUAAGAAGGAUGUUUAGUUUUUAUUGUUCUUGAUAAACAUCAGCAAUGAAGCAACCAAUCGUCGACGUAGGAUAUUUCAUCAUCACCACCGAUUAAAUUGUCUUCGCAACAAAAGUUACCAAAGUAGCAAGUACUGGGUCACUUACAGAGAGCUGGGUACAAAAAUCCCAGAAGUAGAGCAGGACUCUUCUCUUCUCUUCUCUUCUCUUCUCUUCUCUUCUCUUCUCUUCUCUUCUCUUCUCUUCUCUUCUCUUCUCUUCUCUUCUCUUCUCUCCUCUCCUCUCCUCUCCUCUCCUCUUCCCCCCUGCCCUGCCCUCUCCUGCCCUGCCCUGUCCUAUUGUAUUCUAUUUAAUCAAAGCAUUACACAAUUACUACUCAACACUAUCUUGCCCAUAGCGUUAAAAUUCUACGAUUGUGAGAAGAAUUGUUUCGGGCCAACUUUGUUAACUGUGUAAUAGAUAAAUCUGAUAAUGUAUUUUCAUUUUUUUCUCCUAUCAAAAAUCAUAAAUUGUAUGUGCUACAAACCAUUUCAUUACUCUGUAAGUAUGGCACAUGAAGCCUGAAGAGGGUGUAAAAGUGAAGUAAUAAUUUUAAAAGUUAAGACAAAAAAAAUCAACCAAACUGAAUUAAACAUUAGUUUUAAAUCACGAGCUUGAAAAUGUUUAAAAACUGCACCUAUAUAUUCAGAUUCCUUGGAAAUAUGACUUUUUAUAGUAACAUAGGAUCAACUGGAUUUAUUAAUGAAAGUGAAAUAUGAAUUUCUGUCCAGGUUUGAAGAUCCCGCUGCUUUCGAUGGAGGCAAAGAUGGCCUCAAAGUGAUCAAACAGAUUUUGACUAUGGCUCCACAGAUUCUAUUAAAUCAUGGGUGAGAAACCUUUCACGCAACAUAAGCACACACACACAAACCCACACACCCACACACCCACCUGGGUUUAAUUCCAAACGGCGGCGACGGCUUGUUAUAGGAACAGCAUGUUCUGAAAAACACAGUGUCAUGUUUCUUCUUUAAUGAGUUAAGCUUUAAAAGACUUGGAGUGAAAACAGUUCCAGACAUGAGCCACUGCUCUUCUCAAAAUUACCUCUGAUAAUCCUGCCCCUGCAUAUCAUUCUAUUCUUCUUUAUCUAUUUUGUGUCCUUUUCCUUGUGAAUAACAGGCAUGUCUAUUUGGAGGUAGACCCCAGACACCCCCUGCUUCUUCAGCAAUGGGUGGAGGCAAAUGUGGAGGACAUGCAUUAUAUGGAGACACAGCAGGACAUCAACGGCAGGUCUGUCCAAGGAAGCUCUUUGCCUGUAUUCGGCCGUCUCUUUGUCAUUCUUCAACCAUCUGUGAUUUCAUAUUAAAGUGGGCACAACACUGUCUCUAUGAUUAAAAAAGCUGCGCUACAGAUUCAGAGUCCAGGCACAAAAUAAGAGCCUGAAUUUCUAUCUUUUUAACACGGCAACUCAAAAUUUAUCAUACGUUUUUCUUUCUGUGUGUGUGUUUUUAGGGCGCGAUUCUGCAUCCUUCGGAAAGACAAGUCAAACAAGGACCGCGAGCUUGAUCUGGACUGAGAAAUUGAGAUCCUAUUACGCUGGCUUUAGCACAGGUUGCCACGGCCUCCUCUCCCCUACCCCCCCCCCCUUGAGCUGCCGAGCACGCACUUGCACUGAUACUCUCUCUCCCUCGCUCUCUCUCUCUCAAAAGUCCCAGUUUACUGCAGCUCAAAUGAUUUACACAUCAGUAUUGCACUUUUAAUCUGUUAACAUUUGUGAUCACAUCCUGCCGCAUGAUAAAAAAAAAUAAAUCUGUACGAGAUGGCUAAAAAGCAGGCUCAAAGCUGAAGGUAAUUACCGAGGCUUUUCUUAGAACCCUCCCUCCCAGAAUCUCUCCCUCCUCCCGGGAAGCACUCAGUAGUUCUGUGAAUCCGCUGAUGAACGGUCCUCCCCUUCACUUGUCCACUAGCUGACUCAGAUGCAGGCUGUGUAUGCAUUGUUGAGCAAAAACCACACACACACACACACACACACACACACACACAAUGUGGCCUUCAGUUCUUCGCUCAGUCUGGGUCUCUCAUUCACUUAAAGCUCAAAGGCCACCAAGUCUUUGUGUUUCAAAGGUGAUUGAAGGCGCAAAUAUUUCGUAACAAAGUGUCACAAGAGCAGCUGUCAUGUGCCAGUUAGUAAUGAUGAUUAUGACAGAUUUUCUCUAGACGCUGUGAGUAAUGCUGCGAUCUUAAACGACACCGGAAUAAAGAUAGAAGACACACAAAAGUGAGACUCCAGUUGGUUAUUUUAAUAGAAAAUGUACACAUGUAAAAGGUAGAAAAAUGUCUUACUGAGAAAAAUAAAAUGGCGUAAAAGAUGA